UCUCAUAUAUGUUAGGCGAGCACGAGCGCAUUACACACCAAAAUUUCAGUCUCUGCCUCGUUCUCCGUCUCCGCCGCGCACGGCGGCUCCGCCAAACUCCGGUGAUCUUCGCUUAUCGCUGAUCUCUGGAAGCCUUGAGGUUCGUCUUCUUCUCCAAGAGUUCCGAACAUACGGUGGUUUUGAGAGCGGCGCUGAGGAAGAAGUACUCUCUAUCUAACGACGUUUCGUAGAGAUAGAGAUUGUGAAGAGUUGGGUGGUUUCAAUGGCGACAGGACCAGUUAAGUCUCAGCCUCUGCACAACUUUGCUCUGCCGUUCUUAAAAUGGGGUGGGAAGAACCAGACCAACAAUAACCACCGCAUUCGACGCGCCAUCGGCGGCGACUCCUCGCCUGCCGUCGAUCAUUCCGAACCGGAGUCGGAAGUAGAGCCCAAACCUCAACUUCGAGUUGGAUCGCGCACCGCUCGAAACCGAUUGACGUUUGCCCCAUGCUCACUGGGAGAUAAAUCCGCGAAGCAUUCGGAAGGUGAGGUGGGAGAUGAAGUUGUUAAGGAACUAAAGCGGGAGGGUGAGGAGGUUGAGGGAGAGGAAAUAGUGCAGAAGCCGUGGAAUCUCAGGCCGCGGAAGGGGCCGUCGUCGAGAGGUUUUGGUGAUUUGAAGAAUGGAGGAGACUCGCAAGAACCGGACGCGGCUGUUUCCUCCGCCGGUGCUGCGCUUCAGCAAGGGGAGAGUCCGCAGCCAAAAUCGCUUCGGUUGCGGGGAUUCACAGAGUCGCACAGAAUAGAGAAGAAGGAGAAGAGAAAGUUCUGGAUCGCUCUGUCGAGGGAUGAAAUUGAGGAAGAUAUUUUCAUCAUGACUGGAUCUAGGCCUUCUCGAAGGCCAAAGAAGAGACCGAAGAAUGUUCAGAAGCAACUCGAUACUGUGUUUCCUGGACUGUGGUUGGUGGGGGUUACUGCCGACGCCUAUCGUGUCGCCGAUUCUCCGGCCAAGAGAUAGGCACGAUCACGAUGAAUUUUUUUUCCCUCUUUGAUCUUUGAAGUUGGAAUAGUCCACUUGCCUGCCUUAGUUGGGACCCUUGUGGAGGUAUACUGUUCUUACUUCUAGGAAGAACAAAUGAAGUUCGAUUCAAAUUGAUCACAUAGGAAAUUCCAGUUUUCUGUGUUGAUGUUCCCCUUGUAAUAAUAAUCUCUGUGGUCCGAUGCAAGAGCAGGUCUUAAUGUUAGUCUUCUGACUGAGUAAUUUUUCUUAUGAAACAUGAAAGUAGAGGUAAGUAGGUUGAAUUUAAUCUUAUUAGGUUUUCUUAUUAAAGCCUUUUGUGAUAUAGUAUGGAAUUUUUAUUGCUCAUGUGAACAAUUCUUAUUAGUUGAUCAAUUAUAAUGUUCGACAGGCUUCCCUAGAUUGCUGGGGGGUAGAUUAUCAA